AUGAUGCAGAGAUUCAUAACUGAAAGGUCAAAGAAACAGUUAACAACGGAUUCCACUCUUGUGAAAAAGGUUCCAGUAUCUGCUUACACUCCUCUACUCCUCCUUCUCAUCCUCCUCACCAUUGCCUUCGUCUCUUCCCUCUGGUCUACACUUUCUACAACUAACACUAAACCGACAAUUAUUGGCAAGAAAACCUCAGUGGCAAAUGUUGUUUCUGCAAAGGAUAGGAAAAGCGAAGAAAAAUCCAGUAGCAGGAAAAGGUUCGAAUUAGAAGCGACAUUAAACUGUAGCAAUAAUGGGAAGCAAAGAUGUUCAAGUUAUCCGACAAGUGGGUUGUUUGAAAGGGAGGAGGGAGGGGUGUGUCUGGAGUACUUCCGGUGGAUCCAGGAGGAUGUUGGGGCAUGGAAAGAGAGAGGGAUAAGCAGGGAGAUGGUGGAGAGAGCGAAGAAGAGUGCACAUUUUAGGUUAGUGGUGAAGAGAGGAAGGGUGUACGUGGAGAGGGAUAAGAAAUCGAUACAGACACGUGAGGCGUUCAUGAUGUGGGGCAUUAUGCAGCUUCUGAGGAAGUGAGGUCGCGGAAGGAAGAAGAAGCGAAACAGACGAGGCGUGGAAGGAAGAGAAAGUGCUGGGUGUACAAAUAUUUUAAAAAAUUUGACAAGGGUAUUUAGUUAUUUUCCAUUUAAGUGCUGGGUGCACCAGCAAUAAUGCUGGGUGCACCUAGCAUC